AUGACGACCAGGAUGUUAUUCUUGCUCGUUUGGUCUGCAGCGUUUCUCGCCGAGCUGCAGUGCGCCUUGCAAAGGACCACCACAGGGCUUGCGUUCCCCUCCGCGGGGCUCGGCAACAGCAGCGGCGGGGAUGUCAGCAGCAAAAAAGACUCCAACCAGACCUACAACUCCCGACUCAAGAGGAAAAACCUGGCCAUUGAUUUUGCAGUGCCCUCUCUGUUGCGCUACUACAUGGCAGAGUUGAUCAAACGCCCACUUAACGGAAAUUGUCUGACUUUUAAUGGGUGCUAUAUGGUGCGCGCUAACUUAAGGAUGAACUGCAUACCCUUACAAAAAACGGUUGCUACUUUUCUCGACCCAAAGUUGGCUGCAAUCGAUAGCAUGGCGGCAGAGAAUUCAACCAGUGCUGGUGGACAGUUCUCUUACCACUACAAUCCGUUGCUGUCCAAAGUUCUGAAUUUGGGUUUGACGAAAGCCAGCCGAAAAUCAAAUCAAGUCGUGGUGGAAAUUGGGGAGGACGUGGUUAAAACGGGUUGCGGUGGACUGACAGUCUACGAAGAAGACCCGGUAUUUUUCCUGGAAAUGGACCUAACAACUAUUUUAGAAUGGUGGUUGGGCGCCGAAGGGGGCCGGCUAAGGGUCCGGCUUAUGCCAGAAAAAAAAGCACAGGUUCCCGGGAGAGAGGACAAGUACACCGCGGCGAUACGAGCAGCUGAUCCCCGACUAUUUAUUCAUAUAGCCUCCCGAGGGGAGCCGCUGGCAGGUCGAUCCGGACUGGGCGUCCCCCGAGGUUACUGGAACUUCUCCUGGAUGGCCCAGGAUGAGCUGAACUCCCCCAAGGUCAUGGCACCGACGUCAGAUAUCGGGUGCCCUGGAAAAAGGAAGUCAUGUGACCGCCCGUACCCCGAAUAUAACCCUUAUUUCACGUGGAGCGUGGUGGUGGCGGAGAACCCUUGGGAAGAGGGGAACGAGAGGAUGGAAAGGAAAGGAGGAAGUCCACAGGGCUGGGAGGAAGGUCAGUUUCUGUGGGUGAACGACUCUGCAUUGGCCGGUCCCUGGGUCCUGAGCCCCUGGCUGUGGGGAGGUCGGGACCCCUGCGGGCUGGACAUGGCCGUGUUCCUGCACCCCCAGAAGAGCGGACGCUACACAGUGUGGCUCAUCGAGAGGGACAAACAUCCGCUAACCCUCCUGUCCACUGACACGCUGCCGCGCAUCACAGGCUGGGCGGUGGUCCACCUCACCCUGGGAUCCCGCGGAACCACGCCCUUCAGGAUCCAGGCCAGUUAUGACCGGCCGAUCGAGCAGGACGCCACUGCCACCAUCGACCCGGGUUUCACCACUACCAUCGAACCGGGCUUCACCACCAACUGCACAGUGGAUCCCUACCCAAUCCACAACAUCACCCUCCAGGGCCAGUACCACUGUAACCAGGGCCCAGGGGUCCCUCUUGGACAGCUGUGUGACUUCAAGAUGGACUGCCCGUUCGGCGACGAUGAAGGGAACAUGUGCCGUCAGUUUCUCAAUGGCAGCUAUUGCUCCUUCGAGGACGGUGAGUGCGGAUGGCAGCCAAUUGCAGCCAAGGGAUCCUCCUGGAGGCGUGUUCGCACCAUUCCAAAGAAGGUGCGGCCUAGCUGUCCAUCAUCCUCAGGUGCCAUGUUCAGUGUGGAUGGAGGACUGUCCAAGGGUCAGCAGGGGUCCGCAUUGCUCAGGAGCCCUCUCUUCCCUCCUCCCCUACGGAACUCUCCAUGUGAGGUACGGUUCUGGAUGUGUUCCGGAGGUGGCCAGAGGUGGGCGCUAUCUUUGUGGCUGGUGGAGAACAGCACAGGACCUAAGGAGCAGCGCAGACUGUGGCACUCUGCCAGCGAGCCCAAGACGGAGAGAGGCUGGAGACUCAUUAUGCUUCCUCUCUACGGACUUGUUGACUGGUUCUGGCUCCAGUUCAGCGCUGACAAUGGACCAGGUCCAGGAUCAGCCAUUUGUCUGGAUAACAUCUCCUUCAGUAUGGACUGCUUCCUGGCCUCCAAUGGCGACUUUCCUCCUACAGUAACUGGCAACACUAAACUGCCAAUGAAACCAACCAAUCAGAACAUCAAAACAACCACCCCGUCCAAUGGAAACUCAAGAACCUUGUCAGAACAUCCAACUCUGACUGCCUACACCAAAUGGGCCUUUCACACUUGUGGGGCAGUGGGUUCAGAGGGGCCCACCCCAACCCAGUGUAGCAGCUCAUAUCGGAACAGCAACAUCAACGUUACCGUGGUAACCAGAAGCCCAUUCAAAGGCAUCCAAAUCUGGAGAGUGCCGGAGACUGGCAGCUACAGGAUCACAGCUUGUGGGGCAGCUGGAGGUCGCAGUGUAUUGACCAUGGCCAAGUCACAUGGUGUCCAACUCACAGCAGACUUCCUGCUUCAGGAGGGCGAGUUGCUUCACAUCCUGGUGGGCCAAAAAGGAGAGGACGCCUGCCCCAAUACCAACGAGAUCCUAAACAAGAUCUGUGUGGAGCAGAUGCCAUUGGAAAACAAGACGCGGGUCCAAGGGGGCGGGGGCGGAGGAGGCGGAGCCACCUAUGUGUUCAAGGUGCAGAGGGGUGUCCACAUCCCCCUGAUCAUCGCAGGUGGGGGUGGGGGACGUGGGUACAGCAGCCAAUCCGACAGCCAGGAUGAGUUGAUGGACGACCUCGAUGUACCAGGGCGCAAUGGGAAGUCUGGAGCAGCAGGUGGAGGCGGAGGUUGGCAUGACAGUAACCCUGGGUCUCAGGGCGGGAGACCCCUCAUACUCGGAGGCCAGGGGGGGCAGCCCUGCAUUAAGUUCAGCUGGGAGACCCGAGGGGGUUUCGGGGGAGGGGGUGGUGCCUGUACAACCGGUGGUGGAGGAGGGGGCUAUAGAGGUGGCAGCACCUCUGAAGCUAAUGACCCAAAGCAGGAUGGAGACGACGGCUCCUCUUUCAUCAGCCCAGAGGGAGAGACCUUCCUGGACCCUCUGAAAGGUAUGGAAAGUGACGGAGAGGUGAUCAUCGGCCCCGUGCUAAACUGUAGCCUCUGUGAGACGGGCGAAUGUCACAAGAACGAGGAGGGGACCUUGUGUUACUGUGACGUGGACUUUGUACUGGCCCGCGACGGUGUGUCUUGUAUCAACUCAUCAACAGAGGUGUCUCCCCUGCCUCCCCAGCCCUCCCUGUCCCAGUUGGCCCUGGUUUUGUCUGUGGGGACUUCAGCCCUCAUUGCUACCCUGCUGUUGGCUGUGUCUGGAGUCAUGAUCAUGUACAGACGUAAGCAUACAGAGCUCCAGUCCAUUCAGCUGGAGCUCCAGAGCCCGGACUGUAAACUGAGCAAGCUGAGGGCUUCAACCAUCAUGACUGACUACAACCCCAACUACUGCUUCGCUGGGAAGUCCGCCUCUGUCAACGACCUGAAGGAGGUGCCCCGACGCAACAUCUCCCUCACAAGGGGUCUGGGACAUGGUGCCUUUGGUGAAGUGUAUGAAGGGAUGGCAGUGGGGAUACCUGGAGAGCCCAGUCCCAUGCAAGUAGCAGUCAAGACACUCCCUGAGGUGUGCUCUGAGCAGGAUGAGCUCGACUUUCUCAUGGAGGCUCUCAUUAUCAGUAAAUUCAGCCACCAGAACAUAGUGCGGUGUAUAGGGGUGAGUCUACAGGCCCUACCACGCUUCAUCCUAUUGGAAUUGAUGGCUGGAGGAGACCUCAAGAGUUUCCUGAGAGAGACGCGACCCAGACUGGAGCACCCUUCUAGUCUAUCCAUGGAGGACCUGCUCAACGUGGCCAGAGACAUAGCACAGGGAUGCCAAUACCUGGAGGAGAACCAGUUUAUACACCGGGACAUUGCGGCCCGGAACUGCCUGCUGACCACCAAAGGACCGGGGAGAGUGGCCAAGAUCGGGGACUUUGGAAUGGCCAGAGACAUUUAUAGGGCCAGCUACUACAGAAAGGGUGGGCGCGCCAUGCUGCCUGUGAAGUGGAUGCCUCCGGAAGCCUUCAUGGAGGGGAUCUUCACAUCCAAAACAGACACAUGGUCCUUUGGGGUGCUGCUAUGGGAGAUCUUCUCUUUGGGCUAUAUGCCCUAUCCCAGUCGCAGUAACCAGGAAGUGUUGGAGUUUGUCACCAGUGGGGGAAGGAUGGACCCUCCCAAAAACUGCCCAGGGCCUGUGUACCGGAUAAUGACACAGAGUUGGCAGCAUCAACCGGAAGACAGGCCCAACUUCUCCACCAUCUUGGAAAGGAUUGACUACUGCUUACAGGACCCCGAUGUGGUGACUGUUCCCUUGCCUGUGGAAUAUGGCCCCCUCCCUGAAGAGGAGGAGCAGGUACCCAUGCGCCCUGAGGACCCCACGGCCUCCCCCCUGCUGGUGUCCACUCUGAUGCCUGACGGUGUGGGCCCCGCACCGCCAUCGUCAGCCCCCAAGCCCACCGAGGAGAACCGAAGAGUUGAACAACCCCUCCUCCUUACCAACCAGCUCCCCGAAACCUGCAAGCCCCAGGCGAUGGCUCAACAACUCCAGCCCCAUCCCCAGACAUUCACCAUAACCACAGCCACCUCCAAGGCACCUCCCCCCAUCUCCACCCAGCAACCUAACCCAGACGGUGGCCACGUCAAUCUGGCCUUCACCCAGGGCCACCCUGGGGAUAAGGAGGGUCGCAAUGGGAAACCCACCAACCUGUGGAACCCCACUUACGGCUCCUGGUUCCUCCAGCUGCAACAGCAGAAGAAGCAGCAGCAUCAGCAACAACCGCAGCAACAACAACAGCUGCAGCAAAAGCAGGAAAGAGUGGGCAGUGGAGGUGGGGGAGUUGGAGGUGGGAGGGUGCCAGGCGAGGGGCAGGAGCACAAGGGACGGACUGUGCCCGAGGCGGUGGGGGCCCUGAGUCUCCAGCAGCACAAGCAGCAGUUCCAGCCACCAUACCCCUUCCAUCCACAGCAGCAACAGCAGAUGCAGCUCUUACAAAACCAGCAGCAGCAACAGCAGGGGUUCUGCAGGCCGCUUUUGCCACCUCCGCCACCACCCCAGGCUACCUCCUUGUGUACCACUGAUCCUACCCCUUCCCCGCUCCUGUUAGAUUCCGCCGCCCUACCCCCGGUCCCUCUAUUUAGACUUCGCAGAUUCCCCUGCGGGAACAUCGGCUAUGGCUACCAGGAGCAAGGGUUACCCCUAGAGGCAGCCCACCACCACCAGAAUCCGGUCUCUGUCAACCCCACUCCUCCACCGCCCCCUCCCCCGCCACCCGUGGCCCUCCAGAGAGGAGUGGCGGGGACCCAGCUGUCGCUGAGCCACUCGACGACGGCCAAAGCCGAGGACAGCCUCCCUCUGCUGGUCACCAUGGGGACGGUGCAGGACCCGAGGCUGCCACGGAUGGAGGGCCACAAUGCCACAGUGCUUUAGCCCCUCCAACCCCAACCUCCACCUUGGAGACUCUGUGUACAGACAGAUAGGCAUACAGCCAGACUUGAUGAUACACCGUGCAACACUGUGUCAGGACACCUUACGACCAGCCCUCCCGUCAGGACACCUUGGUUUCAUCCACCGAUUGGAUCAAGCUAUUGCAUUGAGUCCAAAAUGUUUCAUCCCAAUGAGAUAAAAUGGCUGUGGAAAUUACAAUGGGGUGUUAAAGCACAUUGGAGAGCUGCAAAGGACCACUAAGAAGAAAAGCUUAUGGGUUGUUGGCUAGGAAAACAGGAACAAUGUACAUGUUGCAGCACUGGCUAAUGUUCAGUAGACAAUUGUGGCAGGACGGUUAGAUGUUUCCAUUCGGUUGAACUAGCUAAUUUCUUUGCAAUGUGUUCACGAGCCGCCCGCUCAUCUUCGCGGCUCUGUCGAUGUCAACGUAGCCUUUCACAUGGAGUCAUGCUGGAAACACACAAACAGAACAUACAAACACAUAACUAAGAACCAUACACAUCUGCUAGAUGUCUAACUGACUGUAGCAUUAGCUAACUUCUUCUCUAGCUGUCAUUCAUUGCGGGUUAUCUAUUUCAUUGGCAAUUAUGGCCUUGGCAGUUGAUUCAUCAAUCAGAAACAAUUUUCCCAAAAUAUGGUGACAGUCGGACACUGGAUUCCUGAGUUGUUUUGUGUUUUUUUUUACAAUGAAGAAAAAAAUGUGUUUGUUGAUGCUUGCUUGCCUGCUUGUUUAUUUAUUUAUUUGUCUAUUUAUUAUUUGGGAGCUCUAUAAAUUAUUAAUACACCAACCUUUUCCAAAUUAGUUUGACAUGCUGUACAUGGGUUAGCUAUUUGACUUUUUUUUGCACUAAUCUUUGUCCAAUGUCGACUUAAUUGAAUUAAUAUAAACCCUUGUGAACAAUGACCAAUGCACUGAAUGGUAUUUCAGACAGUUGGAAUCAGUACUCAUGGUGGUAAAGGUUGCUAUGGUAUGAGGGUGGAAGUGAAAGGGAAUUGUUGGGGGAGUGUAACAGUGCCAUGAGUAUGUGAGUGGCUGUCUUUACAAUUUAAGGUGUGUGAUUAGGUGUGUUUGAGCGAGAGCGAGAGGGAGAGGUAAAGAAAGACGGACAGAAUUAUUUUUCUUAGAAGGGCAAUACUAUGGAGCUUACUGUACACUGAUCUUAAAUGUUUAUUCAGGCAAGUUCACCUUCCAUUUCUCGUUAAAUAUGUUUUAUAUGUAUAUAAUAUGGCCCUCUAUGGAAAGACAGAAAUUACUGUUCCAUGGAUUCUUAUAUGUGGCAAAUCAUUUAAAUGAAAGUGGUGGUGUCCAUAUACUUUUGUAUAUAAAGUACCAAUCAAAAGUUUUAGAAUACCAACUUAUUCAAGGGUUUUUCUUUAUUUUUGCUAUUUCCUACAUUGUAGAAUAAUAGUGAAGACAUCAAAAAUAUGAAAUAACACAUAUGGAAUCAUGUACUAACCAAAAAUGUGUUAAACAAAUCAAAAUGUAUUUUAUAUUUGAGAUUCUUCAAAGUAGCCAACCUUUGCCUUGAUGGCAGCUUUGCACACUCUUGGCAUUCACUCAGUCAGCUUCACCUGGAAUGCUUUUCCAACAGUCUGGAAGGAGUUCCCACAUAUGAUGAGCACUUAUUGGCUGCUUUUCUUUCACUCUGCGGUCCAACUAUUCUCAAACCAUCUCAACUGGUUUGAGGUUGGGUGAUUGUGGAAGCCAGGUCAUCUGAUGCAGCACUCCAUCACUCUCGUUCUUAGUCAAAUAGCCCUUACACAGCCUGGAGGUGUGUUGGGUCACUGAUACUGAGAUGUGUCUGUUACUUGAUCUGUGUGAAGCAUUUAAUUGGGCUGCAAUGACUGAGGCUGGUAAUGACCUUAUUCUUGUCACGCCCUGACCUUAGUUAUCUUAGUUUUCUUUAUUAUUUUGGUUAGGUCAGGGUGGGACAUGGGUGGUUUGUUUUGUUUUUGUAUUGUCUAGUGGUUUUGUUUGUCUAGGGGUUUUUGUAUGUCUAGGGGUUUAUAUGUCUAUGGUUGUCUGGAUUGGUUCUCAAUCAGAGGCAGCUGUUUAUCUUUGUCUCUGAUUGGGAACCAUAUUUAGGUAGCCAUAUUCAUUGGGUGUUUUGUGGGUUAUUGUCUAUGUGUAGUUGCUUAUUUCAGCACUCAUUUUAUCAUAGCUUCACGUUCGUUUUGUUUUUGGUAGUUGGUUUAGUGUUCUUCGUUAAUAAAAUAAGAAUUUAUUCAAAUCGCGCUGCGCCUUGGUCUCCUCACUAUGACGAACGUGACAGAGUACCCCACCAAACAAGGACCAAGCAGCAUGAAAAGGAGGAGCAGCAGCAUUUAAUGGGGAGAUGGACCUGAUUUAAUGAGGAAAUAUUGGAUGGGGCAGGACCCUGGACACAGCCAGGGGAGUAUCGCCUUUCUGAGGAGGAAAGAGAGGCAGCGAAAGCGGAACGGCGAUACUAUGAGGAGAAAUACCAGACAAUAGAGGAACGGCGACGAUAUGAAGGUACACGGCUAGCACGGAAGCCCGAGAGGCAGCCCCAAUAUUUUUCUUUCUGGGGAGGCACACGAGGAGAUUGCAUGAGUCAGGUGGGAGACCUGAGCCAACUCCUCGUGCUUACCAUGGGGAGCGUGUAACUGGUCAGGCACGGUGUUAUGCAGAGAUGCGCACGGUGUCUCCAGUGCGCUAUUCUAGCCUGGCACGCUCUAUUCCAGCUACUCGCAUUUGCCGGGCUAGAAUGGGCAUCCAGCCAGGACGUAUCGAGCCAGCUCUAUGUUCUGGAUCUCCAAUGAGUCUCCACGGUUCAGUGUAUCCUGUGCCUCCUCCCCGCACUCGCCCUGAGGUGUGUGUCCCCAGCCAUGUACCACCAGUGCCAACACCACACACCAGGCCUAUAGUGCGCCUCGGCAGUCCAGGACGCCCUGUUCCUGCUCCUCGCACUCUCCCUGAGGUGCGUGUCCGUAGCCCUGUACCACCAGUGCCGACACCACGCACCAGGCCUAUAGUGCGCCUCCACAGUCCAGUACACCCUGUCCCUGCUCCUCGCACUCGUCCUGAGGUGCGUGUCCCCAGCCCGGUACCACCAGUGCCGGCAUCACGCACCAGGCCUACAGUGUGCCUUGGCAGUCCAGAGCGUCCGGCGACAGUACCCAGUCCGGAGCGUCCGGCGACAGUACCCAGUCCGGAGCGUCCGGCGACGGGCCACAGUCCGGAACCUCCAACGACGGGCCACAGUCCGGAACCUCCAACGACGGGCCACAGUCCGGAACCUCCAACGACGGGCCACAGUCCGGAACCUCCAACGAUGGGCCACAGUCCGGAACCUCCAACGACGGGCCACAGUCCGGAACCUCAAAUGUCGGGCCAAAGUCCGGAACCUACAACAACGGACCACAGCCCGGGGUCUACAGCGACGGUCCCCAGCCCGGGUACUCCAGCGACGGUCCCCAGCCCGGGGCCUCCGGUGAUGAUCCAUGCAGUGAUGGUCCCCAGCUGGGGUCUCCAGCGAAGGUCCCCAGUCCGAGGUCGCCAGCGAUGAUCCGCAGUAAUGAGCCUCCGGCGAUGAUCCAUGGGUCAGUGCUACAAGGGCGGAGGGCUCAAUGUAAAAGGGGCAGCGUCCAGAGCCAGAGCCACCACCAAAGUUAGAUGCCCACCCAGACCCUCCCAUAUAUGUUUAGGUUUGCGGCCGGGAGUCCGCUCCUUUGGGGGGCGGGGGUUCCUGUCACGCCCUGACCUUAGUUAACUUUGUUUUCUUUAUUAUUUUGGUUAGGUCAGUGUGUGACACGGGUGGUUUGUUUAGUUUUUGUAUUGUCUAGGGGUUUUUGCAUAUCUAGGGGUUUAUAUGUCUAUGGUUGCCUGGAUUGUUUCUCAAUCAGAGGAAGCUGUUUAUCAUUGUCUUUGAUUGGGGACCAUAUUUAGGUAGCCAUAUUCAUUGGGUAUUUUGUGGGUUAUUGUCAAUGUGUAGUUGCCUGUGUCAGCACUCGGUUUAUCAUAGCGUCACGUUCGUUUUGUUAUUUUUGUUUGGUGUUCUUCGUUAAUAAAAGAAGAAUGUAUUCAAAUCACGCU